AUGAAUGUGAUCCUGGUGAUGGCGACACCCUGGAUGAUGACCGAGGUGGAUACGCCUCCAGAAUGGACUACUGAAUUCGAGGAACCCCAGGGCGGCGAGGCGUUCGGAGAGGUAUAUCCUGAACAGGGCGGCCCAGGUUUCCCCUCAGAACCCGCGCGCUGUACACCGCUUGAGAAGUUGGAGAUGGAAUACGAACGCUGUAUGAGGGUUAGCGCGGAAGAACUGUACCUGGAGCCAGGAGUAUACAUACAUGAAGGGAGCGAGAUGCUGGCACAAUUGCGGGACCAGUUAGGCAUGCUGCCAGAAUUAAGUGAAUUGCAUCCAGAAUGUGACAUCGAUCAGGCCGACGUGGGAGUCCCAGGUGAGACCUCUCCCGAUGAUGAAUCCAGGAUGCGUGCCAUUCUGAAGCGCCAUAGAAAGAUUUUCCUGGGAGAUGCCAAAUCUAUCGCGUUGCGCCCAAGGUCGAUUGGACCGCACGUGGCAGUCAAGGUAUAUGAACUCCUCAAGAAAUUGCUCAAGAACAAUCUGAUUCAGCAUUCAGAAUCGCAAUGGGCAUCUCCGAUCGUGAUAAAAAAUGGGGUGGAUAUCAGGAUGUGUAAUGACUAUCGACUUGUGAAUAACUUCAUCCAGCUGUCUAGCUACUCGCUACCUCUCAUCGACGACUUGUUAGUCGGCUUUGAGAAAGCACUCUGGUUCAUGAGCCUGGAUAUUGCCAGCGGUUUCUGA